AUGAAGUGGCUUGUCCUAAUGUUGGUUUUUCUCCAUCUGUCUGAGGCUCUGUUCAUCUUGUGCAGAAUCAUUCUGAGAAAAGGGAAAUCCAUUCGGGAGAAGAUGAAAGAGGAAGGUGUACUAGAAGAAUUCCUGAAGAGUCACCAUGUAGAUCCGGCAGCAAAAUACCACUUCAAUGAAUAUAAUGUUGCUUAUGAACCAAUAACGAAUCACUUGAAUUCAUUCUACUAUGGAUCGAUCAGUAUUGGAACCCCACCACAGAGCUUCCUCGUUCUCAUGGACACUGGCUCUUCUAAUCUCUGGGUACCAUCAGUAUAUUGUAAUACUCAGGCUUGUGGUAACCACAACAGGUUCAACCCUAGUCAAUCCUCUACAUAUACCAACAUUGGACAGACGUACACUUUGUCAUAUGGGAGUGGUAGCUUGACAGUUGUACUAGGCUAUGACACAGUGCAGGUCCAGAAUAUCGUUGUUCAGAACCAGGAAUUAGGCCUGAGUGAGAGUGAGCCCACCAGUCCAUUCUACUAUGCUAGUUUUGAUGGAAUUUUGGGGAUGGCUUAUCCUGCCAUGUCUAUGGGGGGCUACACUGUCAUGCAGCAGAUGCUGAGACAAGGGCAGCUUUCUGAACCAAUCUUCAGCUUCUUCUUCUCCCGCCAACCCUCUAUUCAGUAUGGAGGGGAACUAAUCUUGGGAGGUGUUGACACUCAACUGUUCUCUGGGCAAAUUUCCUGGGCACCUGUCACCCACGAGGUUUACUGGCAGAUUGGCAUCGAGGAGUUUGCCAUUGGAAACCAGGCUACUGGCUGGUGUAGCCAGGGCUGCCAGGCAAUUGUGGACACCGGCACUUUUCAGCUUGCUGUCCCAAGGCAGUACAUGGGGAAUUUCCUGCAAGCUGUGGGAGCUCAAGAAUACAAUGGGGAGUAUGUCGUUAACUGCAACAAUGUCCAGAACAUGCCCACCAUCACCUUUGUCAUUAAUGGAUCCCAGUUCCCACUGCCUCCUUCUGCCUAUGUAGCCAAUAACAAUGGCUAUUGCUCAGUUCAGAUCGAGGCUACAUAUUUGCCUUCCCCAACAGGGCAGCCUCUAUGGAUCCUGGGUGAUGUCUUCCUGAAGGAGUAUUAUUCUGUCUAUGACAUGGCCAAUAAUAGGGUGGGCUUUGCACCAUCAGCCUAGACAAAACAAAGCCCAGU